AUUUCAAUCACUACGCUGUACUUCUACAAUUCCUGUUCGAGGGAGAUAUCUCUCUCGAUCAAUUUUUAGAUCUGUCUGCUUACUUCACAUUCAUCUAAGGAAAGAUGAGAGAAAUCCUUCAUAUUCAAGGUGGGCAGUGUGGCAACCAGAUUGGGUCCAAGUUCUGGGAAGUUGUUUGUGAUGAGCAUGGGAUAGACCCAACAGGACGCUAUUGUGGGACUUCUGACUUGCAGUUGGAGCGCGUCAAUGUGUACUACAAUGAAGCAUCGUGUGGAAGGUUUGUUCCUCGUGCAGUGCUUAUGGAUCUUGAGCCAGGCACAAUGGACAGUGUCAGGACUGGCCCUUAUGGACAGAUCUUCAGACCUGAUAACUUUGUGUUUGGUCAGUCUGGUGCUGGAAACAACUGGGCUAAAGGGCAUUACACUGAGGGUGCAGAGCUUAUUGAUUCGGUUCUUGAUGUUGUGAGGAAGGAAGCAGAAAACUGCGACUGCCUUCAAGGUUUCCAGGUUUGUCACUCUCUUGGUGGCGGAACUGGUUCUGGUAUGGGAACUCUGUUGAUCUCAAAGAUCCGGGAGGAAUACCCUGACAGGAUGAUGCUCACAUUCUCUGUGUUCCCAUCACCCAAGGUUUAACCAUAUAAUGCAACACUCUCAGUUCAUCAGCUCGUAGAGAAUGCUGAUGAAUGUAUGGUGCUUGACAAUGAGGCUUUGUAUGACAUAUGUUUUAGGACUCUAAAGCUCACCACUCCCAGCUUUGGUGAUUUGAACCAUCUGAUAUCUGCAACAAUGAGUGGGGUCACCUGUUGCCUUCGGUUCCCUGGCCAACUCAACUCUGACCUAAGAAAGCUUGCUGUUAAUCUAAUCCCUUUCCCACGUCUUCACUUCUUCAUGGUGGGAUUCGCCCCUCUCACCUCCCGCGGGUCCCAGCAAUACCGUGCCCUUACAGUUCCUGAGCUGACUCAGCAAAUGUGGGAUUCCAAGAACAUGAUGUGUGCCGCAGACCCACGCCAUGGCAGGUACCUCACUGCCUCAGCAAUGUUCAGGGGAAAAAUGAGCACCAAAGAAGUGGAUGAACAGAUGAUCAACGUGCAGAACAAGAAUUCAUCUUACUUUGUUGAAUGGAUUCCAAACAAUGUGAAGUCGAGCGUGUGUGACAUCCCUCCAAGAGGACUAUCGAUGGCUUCCACCUUUAUUGGAAACUCGACUUCCAUUUAGGAAAUGUUCAGGAGAGUGAGUGAGCAGUUCACUGCCAUGUUCAGGAGGAAGGCUUUCUUGCAUUGGUACACGGGGGAAGGAAUGGAUGAGAUGGAGUUCACCGAAGCUGAGAGCAAUAUGAAUGAUCUUGUUUCAGAGUAUCAGCAGUAUCAGGAUGCAACUGCUGAUGAGGAUGGUGAGUAUGAGGAGGAAGAGGAAGAAGAGCCUGAGCAAUGAUGAAUGAGAAGAAGGCAAUAAAAAUCGUACAUGCUAUGCUUAUAUUAGUCCUCCUAUUUGUGGUAAUGAGUUGUAUGUUUGGUUGAUAUAAAUUUGAUGGUUGUUGUGGUCUUUUGGGUGGGGGAGUUGUUGACAUUCCCAUUUGAAUGCCGAUGUCUCUUUGCAUUGUGUACUUAAGAUGUUCUGUCAUGCUAAUUGAUCUGAGUGCGAUUAUUUUUUCUAUUUCAAAUCAAAGGAAAAGCUCCUUAUGAGAUAAAAA